CCCUCACCUUUUCACCUCGUCGGAAACUGCGAGGUAUUCACGGGUCACACGCGCAUCUUCAUCCUCGCUUCCUCCUUCCGCGUACUCGCCUCCUCCCUGCCUCCCACCCUCUCUCCAUCGCUCCUAUCUCUCUUCGCAUCCUCUCUGGCUCGUUCUUUCGUCGCCGUAUGGACGGACGCGGGCGCGCCGUCUCAUCUCCCGGACGUAAAAGCAGGAAAAUGCCGCGCGUUAAGGAGGGAACGAGGAUGGGCGGCGGGCUUCUGUAGCGUCUUCCUCGCCAAGAAGCUUCUGGUCUCCGGGGGACACAACGGACACAUCCAGGAUGUCUACGUCGUCAAGUGGAGCCGCUGACGGGAGCCAGAGGAACUCUUUGGAGGCGGAACUCCGACCGGCCGGCGAAGAUGGCGGGCGGCCCAAGCCCAAGGACAGAAACAAGCCGGCGGAGGACGCCUUCCAGCAGGACGUGGAGCACUACCUCACCACGGGCUACCUCCACAUCGCCGAAAGGAGAGGGCCAACAGGCAGCAUGUCGUCCAUGGAGGUUAACGUGGACCUGCUGGAGCAGAUGGACCUGAUGGACAUGUCGGACCACGAGGCGCUCGACGUCUUCCUGCACUCUGGCGGCGAAGACAACAGCGCCGCCUCGCCCGUCGCAGGACCAGAGUCAUUGAGCAGCGAGAUCAGCCUUCAGGUUCCCACUCAGGCAGAGUUGCGCCACAAGUUGUCGUCUUUGUCAUCGGCAUGCGCCCGCGACGAAGACGAAGAAGAGGAGGACGAUGAGGAGGAAGGUUCCGGGAGGACCACCAGGAGGCGGAGGAGGAAGAGGGCGCCUCCGCCGUCGUCCGCACCAGACGUUUGAGGACGACGGCCGCCACGUGACCUCUACCUUAAACAGUAACGUUCUUCCCCCCUAAACAUUUUCUUCCUCUUGUGGCGCUCAGGUCCCCAUCUUGUGGUAUUAUUUGGAUUCCCAAAAAGGAAAAAAAGAGGCACGUGACGGCGAUCGCCAAAUGUGAAAUGUGACCUACUGCCGAGCAAAUGCUUACGUUCCCUUAAUGGUUUUUGUUCCCCUUUGGCGAGGUUUUCUUCGGACGUGCGACUUGAUCCGUGGCUUCCAUCUUGCGUACACGACCACAAAGUUAAGCGUGUUCCCAGACGAGCCACUUUGAGCUUGAUGUAUUUACAUCCAUAACUGCCAAUGUGUAGCGUCUCUUUGUUCUUGUUGUUAUCCUGCUGACAAGACUUGUUCGGGCGCGGCGCAUUCAAGGACCUUUCAAUUUCUUCAUAGUUAAUAAAAGACCGUGCGUGCUUGUUCAAUGGGUACUGAAUAUAUCCAAGUAUACACUUUUACAGCGCCUUUCAGGUCUUAUAAAUACAAUGACUUAUAUACAAAUACAUCAUGUACAACAGAAAAACAUGGCUCCAAAUUGUGUCUUAUCAUUUUAAAUGUGUAGAUUUACACCAGGGUUGGUUGGCAAAGU